AUGCCUCCCAGAAUACCCGGACUGACAGGUGUGGGCACAUUUGCCUUGUGCCUGCGACCAGCUAUCAAACCGGCUGCCACGCCUCUACUCCCCAUCGUGCAAUCGGCCACCCUCACGAAAUGGGAGAAGAAGCGGCUCGCCAAGCGUGACCCUUACCGAUGGGCCCAGAUCCAGCAGCGAAAGAACGCCAAUCUCGAACGACAGGAGGAGCUCCAAAAGGAGCGAAACGAGAAAUGGGGCUCGCCCAUCCUAGGCGUCCCCACCCCUUUCAACGAGUCCUUCGAUUCGGCCGGCCAGGAGCCGUUCUACCAACCUCCCAAGGACAAGGCCGGAAACCCCUUGGGGGAGCCUCACCCGCUGCCCACCUCUACACACCUUGUCAGCCACCUCCUCACCCGCGAGGAGCUCGAGCACGCCAUCCAGCACGCCUACACUUUGACCAAGCCCGUCGCCGGGAGCGAAGGUCUUGACGCAGCGGCCGAGGAGGAGGCACAGAAGAAGCACGAGCAGAACCACGCGCGCGCUGCUGAGGCCAUCAGGCGCAUCGUCAGUCUUGAUAACGCUAGCUCAAAGAUGCGUAAGCACACCAACAUCAGGCGAUGCGUUGAAGAGUUUGGUCGCCACAAUACAGACAAGCACCUCCAGCCUAAGCCUCAGUCCAUUCACAAGAACCCCGUCGAUAUGCCCGAGAGAUGCGGCCCCGACACCGGAAGCUCCGAGGUGCAGAUCGCCAUUCUCACCGUCAAGAUCCGAAAGUUAGCUCAAGAGCUCGAGAAGAACAGGGGUUAUAAGGAUAAGCACAACAAGCGAAACCUUCGGGUUCUCUGCCACCGUCGCCAGAAACUAUUGAGGUACAUGGAAAGGAAGGAGAGGGGGAGUGAAAGGUGGACAAAUAUGCUAGAGAAACUAGGCUUGUCGCCAGCAACCUGGAAGGAACAGAUCUCCUUCUGA